AUGGUCGAUUCGUCAACUGGACGUCAUCUUCAUGGGAACCUUACAGAAACGGUAUACAUGUACCAACCUAUGGGAUUUCGUCACAGGGACUACCCAGAUCAUGUAUGUCUUCUUAAGAAAUCAUUAUACGGUCUCAAGCAGCCGCCUAGAGCAUGGUACCAACGGUUCACAGAUUUCAUCAUUUCCAUUGGCUUUAUUCAAAGUAAAUGUGACAACUCUCUAUUUACAUAUCAUCACUGGGGUGAUAUUGCAUAUUUACUUAUUUAUGUGGAUGACAUUAUGCUAACCACCUCAUCUGACGCACUCCGCGUGUCUCUCAUGUCCAGCCUCGCGGCUGAAUUUGCUAUGAAAGAACUUGGACCUCUCAAUUACUUCUUGGGUAUAAAUGUCACUCAUACCGGUGACAAAUUGUUUCUGUCUCAACACUCUUAUGCUUUGGACAUUAUUGCUCGUGCAGGUAUGCAAACUUGCAACCCCGUUGCCACUCCUGUUAACACAAAGUCCAAACUCAGCGCCAUCUUUAGUGAGCCCUUCCAUAAUUCUACGUUGUACCGAAGUUUGGCGGGUGCCCUUCAGUAUCUCACCUUCACCAGACCUGACAUCAGCUAUGCAGUUCAACAGGCUUACACUGAUGUAGACUGGGCUGGAUACCCCGAUACACAUCGGUCCACCUCAGGUUACUGUGUUUACAUGGGUCCCAAUCUUUUAUCCUGGUUCUCUAAACGCCAGUCGACUAUCUCCAGAUCAAGUGCCGAAGUAGAAUACCAUGCAGUAGCAAAUAUAGUUGCAGAAGUCUGUUGGCUUCAGAAUCUUCUCUUAGAGCUUCGCCGCCCGUUGAAGACGGCAACGCUCGUUUAUUAUGACAACAUUAGUGCUAUCUAUCUCUCAGGAAACCAGUGCAGCAUCAGCGUACCAUGCAUAUUGAGUUGGAUAUUCCCUUUGUCCGAGAGCAUAUUCAGCGGGGCGACAUUAGAGUUCUCAUACAUCAACUCGGUUCCAAAUUGCAGACAUCUUCACCAAAGGCCUGCCAAGGAUUUUGUUCGAUGA